GGAACGUUCUCUCUUACAGGCUUCAGCCGCCCAAUUACAAGGAUCUGGAAAGGUGACAAAGGAGCCUGAGCCUGCGCCUAACUGCCUACUACGUUGCCACUCUUUCGUCUCCAAGUAGCGGAUCUCAAAGCCCAGGUUGGCCGCAAACGCCUGACGCCAGAUUCGUUCUACCAUCAAAUUCACCCUUUCCCUUGAACUCAACGGUCUACUUGGCUUCACCGACCUAGGCUGUCCCUCAACUACUUGUACAAAUCAAGUCCAACUGUUUCACGAUUCCUGAACCUCCUGAGAAACCCCUGUUCCGUUGAGCACCAUGAAUCCAGAAUACGAUUACCUCUUCAAGCUCUUGCUUAUUGGAGACUCUGGUGUCGGAAAAUCAUGCCUGCUGUUGCGAUUCGCCGAUGACACCUACACCGAGUCUUACAUCUCUACCAUUGGCGUCGAUUUCAAAAUCCGAACCAUCGAACUCGACGGAAAGACUGUCAAGCUACAGAUUUGGGAUACUGCCGGUCAAGAGCGAUUCCGAACCAUUACCUCUUCCUAUUACCGAGGCGCUCAUGGCAUUUGCGUGGUCUACGAUGUGACAGAUAUGGACUCGUUCAACAACGUUAAGCAAUGGCUACAAGAAAUCGACCGCUACGCCACUGAAGGAGUCAAUAAGCUACUCGUCGGCAACAAGAGCGAUAUGUCGGACAAGAAGGUGGUCGAGUACACCAUGGCAAAGGAAUUUGCCGACAGCUUGGGGAUCCCUUUCCUCGAGACCUCCGCAAAGAAUGCGUCCAACGUCGAACAAGCCUUUUUGACUAUGGCCAGGCAGAUCAAGGAACGCAUGGGAACCACUACGGUCAACAACAAGCCCACGGUCCAAGUCGGACAAGGUCAAGGCGUGCAGUCGGGUGCUGCCGGUGGUUGCUGCUAAAUUGGCCACAACCGCCAUGUCGACGACAUACGGUACGAGGGAAACGCGCAAGAGAGAUAGUCAAUCGUUGGAAGCAGGAAAGGCAUUGGCCCACGCUUGAGCAAGAGACAAUCGAAGAGCAAACGUAAAGCAUUCCUGUCUCUCAACAUACAGAUUUUUGCCCCUCAUGGAUUUUCGGAAGGCGUUGGGGCGCAAGAUCGGCGAAAGAUUCAAUCCGAUGUCUAGACUUUCUGCUUCAGACAGCCAUCCAGUUUACACACACGGGCGAGGAACCUCUUUUUUGUUGUUGGAACGGUCUUGGGGAAACCUGUCUCCGGCUUCGGCAGGCUAAUGAUGGGAUGUUUUGUGAGCGGAGCUGGAUGUGGACGUCGAUGGGACUUGCUCCGAGAAGGGAACGGCGUUUGUUGUCGACAAGAACGCCUUUUCUGAUUUAGUCAGAGCUCCAUCGAAUUCACGAACGGUGUUGAACCAUUGGAUUUCUUAUGCUCUCCUGUUUGCUUCCCUGUUCUACAUGGAUUAUAUGUUCUUUUUAUUGACACACCAUCCCCCGGACAAGCAAAUCCUCCUGUGUUUGCACCAUGUGCGUUUGCAGAUGCAGUUUCUUAGUUGCUGACAUACUUGAUAGUGCAUAUAUCAGAGAUUGCCAGACCUCCA